UCUCAAUUGUCUCAACUCUAUCAAACUUCAAAGUUCAAACACAAAAGAAUCAGAAUGGCUUUCAAUCAAGAGUUAGAAGCUAUCACCCAAGCUUUCUCAGGGCAUGGAGUGGAUGAGAAAUCAUUGGUAACAAUACUGGGAAAAUGGGAUCCUCAAGAGAGAGAAUCUUUCAGGAAGAACACACCACAUUCGUUCAUUGAGGAUCAUGAACGUCAUUUUCAGAGGUGUGAUGAUCACUAUGUUCGUCUUCUCAAGCAUGAAUUCGUGCGUUUUAAGAAUGCUGUGGUGCUUUGGACCAUGCACCCUUGGGAAAGAGAUGCUCGUUUAGUGAAAGAGGCCCUAAAGAAGGGCCCAAGUGCCUAUGGAGUGUUGGUUGAGGUCGCAUGCACACGAUCCUCAGAGGAGCUUUUGGGAGCUAGGAAGGCCUAUCAUUCUCUCUUUGAUCACUCCAUUGAAGAAGAUGUUGCUUCUCACAUCCAUGGCAUCGAACGAAAGUUAUUGGUUGCCCUUGUGAGUGCCUAUAGAUAUGAAGGAUCGAAGGUUAAAGAUGACACUGCAAAAUCAGAGGCCAAAAUCCUUUCCAAUGCCAUUAAGAAUGUUCAUAAGAAGCCUAUUAAUGAGGAUGAUGAAGUAAUAAGGAUAUUGGCAACAAGAAGCAAGCUACAUCUACAAGCAGUUUACAAGCACUAUAAAGAGAUAUCUGGCAAGAACCUUGAUGAGGACCUUGAUGAUUUAAGAUUUAAAGAGACUGUGCAAUGCCUUUGUACCCCACAAAUAUAUUUCAGUAAGGUUUUGAAUGCAGCAUUGAGAAUUGAUGUGGACAAGAAUACUAAGAAAUCACUUACUCGUGUUAUUGUUACUCGAGCUGACAUUGAUAUAAAGGACAUAAAAGCAGAGUACCAUAACCUAUAUGAAGUUUCUUUACCACAGAAAGUUGAAGAGGUUGCUAGAGGAAACUACAAGGAUUUCUUGCUAAACUUGAUUGCAAGAGGAUAAUUGAAGAAAAUAAAAAGAGAACAAAACCUUGGAAGAUGAACUUCAAGUUUAAUCUCUAUCCAGUGUAUUUUUUUUCCGUCUAAUUUUCCUUGGAUUGUUGUUGAUCAUUUUCAUUGCAUGAUGCUUCAUCUUGAUUGUAUUACUAGUUUUCUAGAAAAGUGAGAAGUGUAAUCAAAUAAAACUAUUCACAUAUUUCUUCCAAGACAAAUUUCCUUUGCUAUCAUCUUGUUACAAUCCCAAUUGUACUUACAAAAUUGCAAUACACCUUUCUUCAAGUAAUAAAGAAUCUUUGAUAUUCUU